UGGGCACCCCAGUCCUCCGUCUCCCGGUGCGCCACCUGGCGGCGUGACGUCAGUUCCGGGCGGCCCGCACGUGUGUACACUGUACAGCCAGCAUGGCGGACCUGCAGAUGAAGCUGCUGAGGCGGAAGCUCCAGAAGAGGAACGAUAAGAUCCGGAAAAGGAACCAGCGGCAACUGGAGGAUAAAACAGCGGCAGCGGAGUCUGCAGGGGACGAGGAAAACAGCGAGGUCACCAGUCCUGAGAUAAUCUCUGCUCCGGCCAAUGGAAUUGUGGAUGACGACCCCCAACCUCCCACCUCGGUCAAGAAGAAAAAGAAGAAACGGAAGAUUGUGGCACAGACAGAAGAAACGGGUUCUGAUUAUUUAUCCCUCUUAGAUGCAAAGAGAACAAAGAAUGAGGAAGAGGAUAAUUCAGGGGCGCUGGAUGACGAUGUAAAGGAGGGCAAGUCAGCGGAGGUCACAGGUGGUGAUGAUGAUGAAGAAGAAGAAGAAUCCAGUUUACCAAUGGGACUGACAGGAGCGUUUGAGGACACCGCUUUCUCCUCCCUCUCUGACCUCGUCAAUGAGAACACGCUGAGAGCCAUUUCUGAAAUGGGCUUCACACACAUGACUGAGAUCCAGCAUAAAUCCGUCCGACCCCUCCUGGAGGGAAGGGAUGUCCUGGCAGCUGCACGUACUGGUAGCGGUAAGACUCUGGCUUUCCUCAUCCCAGCCAUAGAACUGAUCUACAAGCUGAAGUUUAUGCCACGCAACGGGACGGGCGUCCUGAUCCUGUCCCCCACACGGGAGCUGGCCAUGCAGACGUAUGGUGUGCUGAAAGAGCUGAUGACGCAUCACGUCCACACCUAUGGUUUGAUAAUGGGGGGCAGCAACCGAUCCGCAGAGGCUCAGAAACUUGCCAAUGGUGUUAACAUUGUUGUGGCCACACCAGGGAGACUCCUGGAUCACAUGCAGAACACCCCGGGCUUUAUGUACAAGAACCUCCAGUGUCUGGUGAUUGAUGAGGCCGAUCGCAUCCUGGAAGUCGGCUUCGAACAAGAAAUGAAGCAGAUCAUUAACCUGUUGCCAAAACGCAGACAGACCAUGCUGUUCUCAGCCACACAGACCCGGAAGGUGGAGGAUCUGGCCAGGAUUUCACUUAAGAAGGAACCGCUUUAUGUGGGUGUGGAUGACCAUAAGGACACGGCCACAGUGGAGGGUCUGGAGCAGGGUUACGUGGUCUGUCCCUCCGAGAAGAGGUUCCUGCUACUCUUCACCUUCCUGAAGAAAAACCGGAAGAAGAAGAUGAUGGUUUUCUUCUCCUCCUGCAUGUCCGUGAAAUUCCAUUAUGAGCUUCUCAACUACAUCGACCUAUCGGUGAUGGCGAUUCAUGGGAAGCAGAAACAGACGAAACGCACCACAACUUUCUUCCAGUUCUGUAACGCUGACUCCGGGAUCCUCCUGUGCACAGACGUAGCUGCCAGAGGACUGGACAUCCCUGAGGUGGACUGGAUUAUUCAGUAUGACCCCCCAGAUGAUCCCAAGGAAUACAUCCAUCGGGUUGGCAGGACGGCCCGGGGGAUUGAUGGAAAGGGCCACGCGCUGCUGAUUCUGAGGCCGGAGGAGCUGGGAUUUCUGCGUUACCUAAAGCAGGCUAAGGUGCCUCUGAGUGAGUUUGAAUUCUCCUGGAGUAAAAUCUCAGACAUCCAAUCUCAGCUGGAGAAACUAAUAGAAAAGAAUUACUAUCUGCACAAGUCGGCCCAGGAAGCCUACAAAGCCUAUAUCCGAUCCUACGACUCCCACUCGCACAAGCAGAUAUUCGACGUGAACACGCUGGACCUGCCCAAAGUCUGCCUGUCCUUCGGCUUCCUGGUCCCACCAUAUGUUGACCUUAACGUGAACAGCAGUGGAGGGAAGAGGAUCCAGAAACGAGGAGGUGGGGGCGGCUUUGGCUACCAGAACUCCAAACAUCUGCAGAAAGCCAAGAUCUUCAAACACAUUAACAAGGGCGGUCGGAGCCAAGGGCGUCAGUUCACGCGCUGAUGGUCUCCGCGGAUUAUAUGAUACGAACCCUCCACCUGAUGAUUCUCCUUUUUACAGUAAAGUUGUAUUUUUUCAAAGGACUGUUAUUGGCAUUUGUUAAACGUUCCUUGUAAACUGGGCCGAAGCCAAACUAAUGAUUGUUUCGGGCUCUGACCACCCGUUCUGAUUGUUUCACUCAGAGUAUUUUAUCCCCCUCCCGCACCUAAAGUCCUCCAUAUCUAGAGUUCCUCAGUUUUGGUUGGUAAAUGUGAGGUAAUUCAGGCCUAAUCCCUUACUACAUUUAGCUCGGCAACAUCUACAGCCGUUGAUACCCAUUCAUAGCAAAUGGUGGACAACGUGCUUAUUUUGUGAUCGAAUUCUCAGAUCUAGGCCGGGUUCAGGGGAUGAAUGAGAUAAAAUCACCAUGACCAGGAUUGGCAAGAACAGCAUCACUUAUUCCCUAAGUACUGAAGACCCGCAGAUAAUUGGUGGAUUGGGUCAGUGCAGGGAUAUGCGUUGCCCCCUGUAGACUGGACCCUUGAACGCAAUAUAUGGGGAGUUGGAACUGGGUGCCUGGCGUCACCUACAUAUUACACCUUUCAUGUGCUGUGAUAUAGGAAACCGCUUAUAUUGGGAAGGAUUGUACAUUCCACUCCUGUUGGUUUGGUUUCCUCCAUGCCAGAGUUUGUUACAUACAUGUAUAUAUGUGUAUAUUACAUGUCUGUGACACACAGAUGUUAUAUGAUCUAAUCCAGCGCAGAAUAAAGUCUUAUGUUACAUGUU